GCGACCUUCAUCACGCCCUCUAUGGACACACCAGAUCCCUCACAGCUCGUCGACGACGUAGAAGCCCAGUUCACACUCGAUGCAGCAAAUUUGCUCGCCGUCACCCGCGCUUUCCUCGAAGACAUCCGCACUGGCCUAUCAAAGUAUGGGCACGUUCCAAUGGCGAUGGUACCAACCUACCUGACCGAGAUCCCAAACGGAGCGGAGAAAGGCACGUCUUUGGCCAUCGACCUGGGAGGAACAAACCUUCGCGUCUGCGAGGUCGAGUUCAACGGUGACCGCACGUACUCUUCGCACCAGCAGAAGUACAAGGUGUCGGACGAAUACAAGCUGGGAGAAGCGACAGCUCUCUUUGACUACAUCGCCGAAUGCGUGCACACCUUCCUACACAGUCCAUCACUCGAAUCUUCCUCGGUGUACAAGAAGUGCUGCUCAGGCCACAUCGACCACACACACCCCUUCACAGCGCCGGUGCAGAUUGCGCUAGCGUUCUCCUUCCCGUAUGAGCAGCGCGCUAUCAACUCGGGUGCUCUGAUACGCUGGUCCAAGGGCUUCGCAGCGAAGAACGCGGUCGGGCAGGAUAUCGUCAAGUUGCUGCAGGACGCGUUUGAUAAGAAGAAGAUGAGUGUUGAGUGCGCAGCACUCGUUAACGACUGUGCAGGCGCGUUGGUUGCUCGUGCCUACACGUCGGGUGGAUGUGACUUAGCUACUAUAUUCGGCACCGGUACCAAUGGUGUAUUCGUUGAGCACGUCAACAAGGUCACCAAGCUGAACGACGAUCGCGACCUACGCAUGAUUGUGAACACCGAAUGGGGCGCCUUCGACAACGACCGCAAACACCUCCCCAAAACACCCUUCGACCUGAAACUCGACCAUGAAUCCCUCAACCCGGGUGGACAAGCGUUUGGCAAAGCCAUCGCGGGCAUGUUCCUCGGCGAAGUCGCUCGCAACGCCUUCCUGUCCCUCGUCGAUGCGGGCGCACUGUUCGGCGGCAAGCUCUCGGCACAGAUGGGCACGCAGUGGGGCUUCGACACCGAGCUGAUGAGUGCUGUCGAGGAGGCAUGGGCUGGGGUCGGGGCACACGCGCCUAUGGCGGUGGGUGGGGGUUUGGGCGGGGAGAUCCCUGUCAGAAUGGACGAUGGUAAAGAAGGAACCGACGGCCCCGCCGUCCCGCCCCUCUCGUCCCUCGUCCCAGGUAACGAAUCCAUCUCAUCCGACCAACGAGCUGCACUCGACCGCGUGCGCAGUGUGCUCAUCGCGCAUUGUGGCUACGCCGAGAACGAGGUGAGUCUCCGCGACGCGAUGAUCGUCCGCCGGAUCGUGGUCGCGAUCGCACAGCGCGGGGCACAGCUGGCAGGGUGCGGCGUCGCCGCUGUACUCGUGCAGAUGGGCUUUGCGUCGCACCUCCGUGGAGAAUCUUCGUCUGAUGUGGAGGCCAACGGGGACGUAAAAGCCGCAGAGGUAGAAAGACGGAUUAACAUGGGCGUGGAUGGGAGUCUGAUAGAACACUUCCCAAACUACGAACGAUCCCUUCGCUCCGCGCUCAAGCUUCUCGUCGGCGAGGACGUCGAAAGCCGGUUGGGUAUUGGGAUGGGCAAGGACGGAAGCGGUGUUGGCGCCGCAUUAUGCGUUUUGCAGGCACAGAAGGAUGCUGCGCGUUUUUCUUAGAUUCUCAAAUAUCACGGAGAUUACAGAACAAAUUUCUUUAUUCGGCGUUGAGACAAGUGUCAUACCUUGGGUGCUUCGAAAGACCAAAUCAGAGUUACAAACACGUAAACCCGGCGACAUAUGCGGCCUUGUACGAGGAUAUACAUAAACUAUUCAAAUACCUCGUCGUGUGCUACGAUCUAUUCUUAAGAGUUAACAUUCCAACGAAGUGGGAUGCGCUGCAUGGCUAUCAUGUUUUGUCAUCUUUUCUAUCUUCAUGUAAAAU